GUCUCCUUUUGUGGUGAUGUCUGUCACACUGAAAACAAGGCAUUUUGCACAUUCUACCCUUUUGUCUUAGAAUUGUUUUGGACAGAGUUCAGAACAGAGCGGGUUUCCCAGUAAGGAUGACGGGUGUUCUACUGUGGCUGUAUUUCCUCUUCCUGGGCUCAGUUCAAACCGGAAAGCUGUUGGUAAUUCCUGCAGAUGGCAGUCAUUGGAAUAAUAUAAAGUCUUUAGUGGAGGAACUUGGAAGGAGAGGGAAUGAGGUGGUGGUCGUUAUCCCCAAAGAAAGUCUGAGUUUGGGUCCCUCCAAGCACACGACCACGCUUACCUAUCCUGUCAACUACACUGUCGCUCAGAUUAAAAAACAAAUAGCAUCAAAUCUGAGUAAUUAUAUUGGUGUCGACACCUCUACUGACCUAGCCAGGUUUCAAAAAUAUGUAUUAAUGAUAGACGCACUUAAGGUUGGUUCAGUGAAGAAUGUCGAGAGCCUGCUCUUCAACAAGGAUUUGAUGAAGACAUUAAUAGAAUGGGAGUUUGACGCUGUCCUCACAGACCCCUUCGAGUGUGUAGGCGUCAUCGUUGGAGAAUAUCUUUCCAUCCCUUCCAUCUACAUGCAAGGCAACCAUCCCUGCGAUGCGCAUUUUUUAGCCACCAAGAGUCUGAGCCCACCCUCGUACGCCCCGCAUCUGGCCACCCACUUUACUGACCGGAUGAACUUUUGGCAGAGGGGCGUGAACACUCUGAGAUAUUUUCUGCAGCCCAUGGCCUGCGGACGUUUGUAUACCCAUGCAGACAGGAUCGCCUCAGCGUUUCUGCAGAAGGAAACGUCCAUGCUGGAGAUCAUGAGCCAUGCAGCCAUCUGGCUUGAGUAUAUCGACUACGCCACGGAGUUUCCUCGACCGCUGAUGCCCAACGUAAUCAUGAUGGGACCCAUCGCUCCUGAGACAAAACCGCUACCACAGGACCUGGAGACGUUUGUGAACGGCUCCGGGGAGCAUGGGUUUGUCAUCUUCACUCUGGGCUCCAUGGUGUCCGAGCUGCCCGAGGUCAAAGCUGGGCAGUUCCUGGAGGCUUUUAGACACAUCCCCCAGAAGGUUGUGUGGAGAUACACUGGGGCACUUCCCAAAGAUGUCCCAAAGAACGUCAAACUGAUGAACUGGCUUCCGCAGAACGAUCUCUUAGCACACCCUAAGGCUAAAGCAUUCAUCACACACGGUGGGACACACAGUAUCUAUGAAGGGAUCUGUAACGGUGUACCCAUGGUGACCAUUCCGCUGUUCGGGGACCAGGCAGACAACGUGCAGCGCGUGGUCUCCCGCGGCGUUGCAGAGACGGUGAACAUCUUUGACCUGACCUCAGAGAAACUGCUGGUGGCUCUCAGAAAAGUCAUCAAUGACAAAAGCUAUAAAGAGAAGAUGAUGAAGCUGUCAGUCAUUCACAGAGACCAUCCAAUCAAACCGCUGGAUUUGGCUGUGUACUGGACCGAAUAUGUUAUGAGGCACAAGGGGGCGGCGCAUCUGCGGUCAGCAGCCAAUGAGCUGAACUGGAUUCAGUACCACAGUCUGGAUGUCAUCGGCUUCCUGCUCCUUGUCCUGGUCACUGUGGUCUGCGUGACUGUCAAAACCUGCAUGUUCUGUUUCAAGAAGUGCUUCCGGGUCACUCCGAAGAAAAAAAAGGAGUAAUUGUUGAGUGAAUCAGACUAUCAGGUGACCUAUCAAUAUUUUGUGUACACUGGAUAUUCACCCAGUUAGAUGUUUUACUCAAAUCCAUUUUGUACCUUUUCUUUAGCCAACGGAUUGACAUGUAUCAUCUGAACACUUGAAAAUCCCCACGUCCUCUGAAUGGAGUCAGAGUAUGGUGGCUUUGUGUCUGGCUUUUAGCGCACACUGGUGUUUGAUUUCUGGUAAUGGUCUAAUUACAAAGGUUUCAUCACUAACCAUUUUUUAAAAAUGUUCUAUGCUAUAAUAAUCAGCUUGACUUGAAUGGACAUGGGUUGUAGCAUCAUGGGUUCAACACAUGGGGUCAUGGAGACACCAGCUCAUGGCAUCAUGUGGGGCAAUUUAGAGGAGGCUGAUGUUAUCAAAUGGAUGAUGUCUUUACUUUUCUGUGCACAUCCAUUCUUUCAGAGAAGAUUACAAAACCUAUGGAGAAACUAGACAGCUCUUAAUCUUAUAGAGAUUUUGUUAAUCAGAGAAGCAUUGGCACAAUUUUAUGCAUAUUCACUUUUAACUGUGUUUGUGGACAGAAGUAAUUUUCCAUAUUUAGCUAGAAAUGACCUGUGGCAGCAGCACAGUGAAGUAAUGUUGUGGAGAGGAAUGUUUUCAGAGAAUCCUGAAACCAUUGCCCUUAGGACUUUGACAGCACGGUACCACAGAGCCCAACCCAAUUCUGUGUGAUAAUCUCUGCGUACUGAAUAAAGUGC